AUGGAAUACAACGGCGGUUCACUCCUUGCCAUGGCGGGCAAGGAGUGUUUCGUGAUUUUAUCCGACAACCGCCUGGGUGAGCAGUUCAAAACGAUUUCCAUGGAGGCACCCAAAUUACAUGUUGUUAAUGAUGGCGUGGUGUAUGGACUCACAGGAUUGCAAACCGACCGACUCACCUUCUCGAACAAGGUAAGCUUCCGAACGAAAUUGUACAAAUUGCGCGAGGAGCGCGAUAUCAGUGGAAAGGCCUUUGCGUCUCUGGUAGCGUCCAUGCUCUAUGAGGCCCGCUUUGGCUAUUGGUUUGUGGAGCCGGUUGUGGCGAGUUUGGAUAAGCAGACCGGGGAGGUUUAUCUUUGCGCGAUGGAUCUUCUGGGGGCGCCUUGCGAGCCGGUGGACUACGUUUGCACCGGGACCUGCGCUAAUAGCUUGCAUGGGAUGUGUGAGACCCUCUGGCGGCCUGGGCUUGGGGCGGAGGAGCUUUUUGAAAUUGCCGCUCAGGCCAUGUUGUCAGCCUGUGAUCGCGACAGCCUCUCGGGGUACGGUGCGGUCGCGAUGAUUGUCACCAAAAAUGCGGUUAUCACGCGUUUGAUUAAAGGCAGGAAGGACUAA